GAAAACUGAUACUUCAUUUUACUAAGGUUAUCGAUCUUGUACAGUCUAUAUGAAUAACAUUUUAUGCUAGUUUAAUAACAUGAAGAUACUAAUUAAAAUGUUCAUUGUGUUUAAUAUUUUGAAUGUUUGGGGUCAGAGAACGCCAACCAUUACUCAUAUAACACAGAAACCUAUCAAAGACAUCGGAGGAACUGUAGAAUUAACAUGUUCAGUAUUAUACUCGCAAGACUUUCCUGUAAUGUGGGCAAAAGUAAACAAAGAUAAAAACUCGGAGCCAUUUGUCAUAUCUAUGGGAGGUUCUUUAGUCCUAAAAGAUACCAGGUUUGAAUUGAUACAAAGAGACGACAGUUUUACCCUUCAGAUCAGAGAUAUACAAGAAACUGAUGCUGGCGUGUAUCAAUGCCAAAUAUCAAUGGGAUUAAAAAGUAGAAUAUCGGCCGAAGUUGAAUUGGAAAUCAGACGACCUCCGAUAAUCUCUGAUAACUCUACCAGAUCUUUACUCGUUAAUGAAGGACAACCAGUUAAGCUGGAAUGUUAUGCCGGUGGGUUCCCUGUACCCAGAAUUUCUUGGAGAAGAGUUAAUAACGGAAUUUUACCGGCUGGACGUUCGAUUUACAGAGGAAACAUUUUGUAUAUUCCUGCCAUAACCAAAGAAGACCGCGGCACUUACUAUUGUAUCGCUGAAAACGGUGUUGGUCGUGGUGCUCGUCGUAAUAUAGCGGUAGAAGUUCAAUUUGCACCUGUUAUUACUGUUCCCAGACCACGUCUUGGUCAAGCUCUCCAAAAUGAUAUGGACUUAGAGUGCCAUGUGGAAGCAUAUCCACCGCCUGCUAUUACCUGGUUGAAUAACGGUGUUCAGUUAUUAAACAAUCAACAUCAUCGGAUAACGCACUUUGCUUCAGCUGAUGAUUUCACAGACACAACACUUCGUAUUAUAACUGUAGAAAAAAGACAAUAUGGUGAUUAUAUGUGCAGAGCAUCUAACGUUUUGGGCACGACAGAAGCAGUUGUUCACCUUUAUGAAACAAUUAUUCCAGUUUGCCCACCAGCAUGCGGUUGAAAUAUAUAGUUGCAAAAGAUAUCAUUUUGACACUUUACACAGAGACAUUGUUAAUUGUUAAAUGUUGAAUUUUUUUUUAAGCUAAUUUUUUAAUUGUCUAGUUUGUAAAACAUUUUAUUUUUGUGAAUAUAUAAAUGUAUAAAUAAUAAGUGUA